AUGACUGGCGCCUCAAUCCAUCUCAAUAAGUUUGUCGACAACCUCAUUGACCUUGGCGACGAGAAGGCCUAUCCAUCAAUCAUUGCCAACUGCACCAUCAAUCAGAACACUGCCAGCUCUAGUACCAACCUCACCAGCUAUCAAAGUUUGAUCAAGAAUAGAAGUCCACUGCUCGUGACCGACACUGUGCUGGACGGCAACAUCAACACGGCCUACCUGAUUGGACGUGGCGUCAACAUGACCAUUCAGCGCACGACCAUCACCAACAAUCUGGUAGUCAAGGGUGGUCUGGUGUCUGGCCAGCUCAGCAACGUUGUGGUGUCCAACAGCACAAUGUCCCACAACACGCUGGUGAACUCUGUGGCCAUUGACAUGGAUGGCUCACAAGUUGCCCUGCACAACGUCGUAAUUGACCAGAACAUCCACGCCAACGGAUCAAAUCAUUUGAUUCAGUGCACAGUCGGAUCGAUCACAAUGAACAAUGUUGUGAACAAUGGCGCCAGCUUGAUAAACUGUGACGAGCGCACAUGUUCAAUCAAUGGUGACAACUCUGACGUCUGCAAAAGUGGACGUCUAAGUGGCGGUGCCAUUGCCGGUAUAGUUAUUGGAUCCAUCGUUGGCUGCGCAAUCAUAGUCACACUGGUAGUAGUCCUGGUCAUCAAGAAGAAGUAA